AUGGAAAUCGAGGAAAGUAGGAAAAUUACAGUGCUUAUCGACAAGUUACAGUUUUAUGUGAAAUGUUGUGGUGCGACCACAGGUGAUGACUACUUGGCUAGUCGUUGGAUGGCGCUCGUCUCCACUGAUCCGGCCUAUGAAAACGAUGAUCCUCCUUUAGUUCCGUUAUCAUGUUGCCGUCAAAUUCAUGGAGCUUCUGCUCUGAAUCCAGCACAUCACAGUAUGUUCGUAGGACUAAAAUCACCAGUUUCACGGGAUAGAGACUAUCUAGUGGAAAAGGCUUUGGGACUUCUGAUCCAUUUCAAUCUUGAAAUUGAGCAACAAACACAUCAAAAUCCUCUACUUGGAAAGGAUUGA